UUCAGUGAUCACUGAGUUCAGCUCGCCUGUCACGACCCCUCGAAGAUUAACAAAAAAGCUACUGAAAAAAAUGGCGUCGGUAGCUCUCAGAUUCGUCAAUGGAUCGCGGCUCGCGCUUCGGCGAAGCCAUACUCCCGCAAAAUCAAGAACCAUACGAGCAUUCUCGGCGGUUAUGUCACCGCCGUCCAGGGCCGUUGUCUACGACCUCCAUGGUUCUCCGGACAGCGUUACGAGAGUGGUUAGCUUACCGCCGGUGGAAGUGAAAGCGAACGACGUCUGCGUGAAAAUGCUGGCGGCUCCGAUCAACCCCUCUGAUAUCAACCGAAUUGAAGGUGUAUACCCCGUGAGGCCGGAAGUUCCAGCAGUUGGAGGCUACGAGGGAGUUGGAGAAGUGCAUUCGGUGGGCUCGGCCGUUCAGGGUCUUUCACCCGGUGACUGGGUUAUCCCAUCUCCUCCUUCUUCUGGGACAUGGCAGACUUAUGUUGUGAAAGAUCAGAGCGUGUGGCACAAAAUCAACAAGGAUGUACCGAUGGAAUAUGCUGCCACUGUUACUGUUAAUCCUUUGACUGCUUUGAGAAUGCUGGAGGACUUUAUCACUUUAAAAGCAGGAGACUCAAUUGUUCAAAAUGGAGCCACGAGCAUAGUGGGACAAUGCAUCAUUCAGCUUGCUCAGAUUCGUGGAAUCCACAGCAUAAAUAUUAUUCGGGACAGGGCAGGGUCUGAUGAAGCAAAAGAAAAACUCAAGAGACUUGGAGCUGAUGAAGUUUUCACUGAGAGUCAGCUUGAAGUAAAGAAUGUUAAGAGUCUCUUGGCAAACAUACCUGAACCUGCUUUGGGAUUUAACUGUGUUGGAGGCAAUGCUGCUACAUUAAUUCUCAAGUUCUUGAGGCAAGGAGGAACAAUGGUAACAUAUGGUGGCAUGUCUAAGAAACCAAUUACAGUGUCAACUUCAUCUUUCAUUUUCAAGGACCUUUCUCUUAGGGGAUUCUGGUUGCAGAAAUUGAUGGGUACAGAUGAAGCAAAAGAGAGCAGAAAAUUUAUAGAUUACCUUCUGGAUCUGGCUCGAGAAGGGAAAUUGAAAUACGAGAUGGAGGUGGUUCCUUUUGACAAUUUCCACAUUGCACUCAGCAAAGCGCUUGGAAAACAGGGCAGCCAACCUAAACAAGUAAUCAAAUUCUAACUCUCUGGACACACCUUCAUAAUUUGCCUUCUUUCCAGGAUCAAUCAUACUGUAGGCCUAGAUAGUUUCCAAGUUUGUUUCUGAUGCAUUAUUAGAUACUAAGAUCUCAAAGAAAUAACCCCUUUUGUCUAAAAGGAGUUGAAAACCUCAGUAAUACUUGUCCAACCCCAACCCUUGUGGAAGGUGGGACAAAGCCAUGUUGUGCUCGUUUUGAGUUUUAAAAACGUGGAGUUCCGAUUGUGCUCAUUAGUCGAAAGGUGCGGAAGCUGGCUCAGACACUCACGGAUAUAAAAAAGAAAUAUAUAUAUAUAUAUAUGUGGAGUUCAAAUUGCUGGGAUAGCAUUUAGUGUUGUGUCAGGAUUGUGUAAUUCAAAGUAAAAGUUCAUAGUUUAAAACUCAAACUUAUUAUAGAUGAGUAUGUUAGGUUAGGCUAAUGGUUGUUAAUCCACAGACUAUAUACACUCUUGUGUAAAUUCAAGUUUCUUUUUUCUUUAUAUCCGUGAGUGUUCGAGACAGUUUAUGUGUACUUCGAUUAAUCUCAUGGGAUAACCGCUUACUCUAAA